UCCCUAACCCCUAUACUCUAUACCCUAUUCCCUAACCACGAUACCCUAAACCCUAUUCCCUAACCACGAUACCCUAAAUCCUAUUCCCUAAACCCUAUACCCUAAACCCUAUUCUGUAACCCCUAUACUCUAUUCCAUAUUCCCUAACCCCAAUACCCUAAACUCUAUUCCCUAACCCCUAUACACUAUUCCCUAUUCCCUAACCCCCAUACGCUAUUCCCACACCCUACCCCACCCCCUAUUCCCACACCCUACCCCUGUCCUAUCUCCUCAUCCAGCACCCCAGCCUCUCUACCAGGGAGACACCAGUCUACAGCGUCAAGUUCUCCAGUGGGGGUACUAGCAGGUCCAGUCGUCAUCAUGUUCUAUGGGUCGUCCUCUACCUCGGGGGCCUCCAUGUCGCUGCCCUCCAAGAGCCGUCUCAAACGCCAGAGCAGAACUUUCACGCAGGUUCUGUACCGGACUCUGAGUUACCGGGAUCGUCCCCCGGCCGACCACACCUCCCGAGACCGCCGCUCCGUCACCGAACCCCCCGACGACCGUCCCCGUGACGACCCCGCGGAACUCUCCACCCAGAGCUCCGCCCCCGGCGUCCUGAAGAUCUUCGGAGACGAGAUCUGCGAGGGCGCCAACUACAAGUCCGUCCUCGCCACGCCCCGGUCCAGCGCACAGGAACUGGUCAAAGAGGCGCUGGAACGCUAUUCGCUGAACAAAGCCUCCGCCCACUCCUACGUCCUCUGCGACGUGAUAGGUCAGCUGGAGGGGGGAGUAGGUGGAGGUCAGGAGGGAGGAGAUGGGGAAGGAGUAGGACAGGGGGGAGGAGGAGGAGGAGGAGGGUGGAGGACGGAGUGUCUGCGGGCGAUGGGCGACAACGAGAAGCCGUUGUUGUUACAGGAACUAUGGAAGCCCAGAGAGGGACAUGCCAGGAGGUUUGAGCUGCGGAGGAGAGCGGAGGUAGAGGAGCUGAACGCUAAGGAGAAGGAUACGGUCACUGCAGAUAUCAACGCCCAGGCUAGGAAGCUACAGAGGAACAGAACUAAAGGAACUCUGACACUACCUCGACCUGGGACCACCUUCUGCCGCUCCCUCAGUGAGACCAGUCUCAACCAGUUGGGGGGUGCAGACGAGCCGAAGCGUUACUACUCCACCCUGCCGGGACCUCUGAGGACGAGGGGGAGUCAAGGGGGGGCCACGACCAGGAGGAAGGAGGGAGAGGGGGGAGGAGCGGGGGGAGGAGGGGUGAGACAUUCCCUGUACCAGUCCCCUCACCUGUUGCUGCUGCAGGGAUACAACAGACAGGACUGCCUGGUGUACCUGUUGAACAGAGAGCAGCACACUGUGGGUCAGGAGACCCCGUCAGCCCGUCCAAACAUCUGCCUGUCCUCUCCUGACAUCCUGCCACUCCACUGUCGCCUCCACCGGGUCCCUGCCCCCCGUCGCCAUGGCAGCACCCCCAACAACAACAACAACCCCUCAGCAGCCGCCGCCGCAGUCACCGGGGACGACCGCUCCUGCGUUGCCGUGGAGCCCAUCCCCCACGCGACGGUCCUGGUCAACUUCUCCCGGUGCGAGCAAUCCACCCAGCUCCGCCACGGCGACCUCCUGUCGUUCGGAGCCCACUACAUCUUCCUGUAUAAGGACCCAACGGGUGCCAAACCCCUCCCCGCCCAGACGCUGGCACGCCUCCGAACCCUGGGGCAGCUGUACGAGGCUGGGGGAGGGGGGGUGGAGACGGAAGGAGGGACGGAGGGGGGGGGGACCUGUAAGACGUGUGGCUCGUUGUUAAAGGACAGGGGGGCGUUGUCCUCCCAAACCGGCCCCCCCGCCAGGCGCAGUUUCAAACCGCACCUGGUGAAACCCCAAGGCGGAGGAGCGGGGGGGACAGGUGUCGUAACGACGAUCUUGGCGGGACAGAACCAGAAGAGACGCCUACAGCUGGACUUUGAACAGGCCCACGAGGACGCCCUGGUGAGCAGGAUCAUGUCUCUGAUCGAGCCGGGCGGAGACGACCACAAGUUAGCCCCUGCCUACCUGCUGUGUCUCUGCAUACAGCACUCUGCUUCCGCCUUCCCACCAGGCUGCUUCGGCAAAUUGCUGCUGAAGAUAGUACGAUGCAUACAGACCGUCUCCUGGGAGAAGACAAAGGAAUUGGCACAGAAGCAAGCUCAGCAUCAGGACCCGGCCUCCCUGUCUCUCCUGUCCAUCAGUGAUCUGAUCCCAGACCUGCAGGUCGUAUUCUUCUGGAUGUCCAACAGUAUUGAGAUCCUCUACUUCAUCCAACAGAAGGCCCCAGCAUACACACAGGGCAUAGAGACGCUCGACUCUAAAGGUUCCAAGGAGUCGUUGCUAUCGGCGACCAUCUCAGCCAAUGAGGAGGCUAUGACCAUCCUGGAGGAAGUGAUCAUGUAUACCUUCCAGCAAUGUGUCUACUACAUCACCAAGUCCCUGUACGUAGUACUUCCUGGUCUGCUGGACUGUAACCCGUUCCCAGUGGACAGCUCUGAACCCUGCUGGAGAGGAGGUACAGGGUUUCCUGAGCCCGUUCGCAGGGUCCUGCAGGUGUUCCAGUGCAGUCAGGAGCUACUCCAGGGCUACCAGGUCCACCCAGAGGUCCAGGCCCAGAUGUUCUCCUACCUCUUCUUCUUCUCCAACGUAUCUCUCUUCAACCAGCUCAUGGACAAGGGUCCGUCGCGGGGCUGGUUCCAGCGCUCUAAGGUUCUCCAGGUACAGGCCUGUGUCAGGAUGGUUCUAGAGUGGACUAGGAAGGCGGGGCUUAGUUACCUGGCAGACAAGUUCUUCAACAAGUUCAACAGCGCUGUCAGCAUCCUGGCCACACCUCCUCAGCAGCUAACACAGAUGAGUUGGAAGGUGUUGUGUGCAGACCACCCCAGUCUGAAGCCGGUUCAGCUGCAUGGCCUGUUGACUCAGUACCAGUUGACAGCGGAGAUGGGGCCUGUUCCAAUAUGGCAGCCCAGCAGUGAGGAUGAGGCAUACAUAUACAGGACAGUGGACCUUUUGGAGAGUUUCGAGAACCACCCCCCCAUCGUCCUCCCCAGCGGGGGGUUCAGAGUGGACCUGGACAGUGACUGUCUAGAGGACAGCAUUUAUAGGCAGCUGCUCUAUGUCAAACACUUCCUCUGGGGGCUACGCACACACACUCACACACACCCCGCUGUCAACACCACACACACUCACACACACCCCGCUGUCAACACCACACACACUCACACACACCCCGCUGUCAACACCACACACAACAACACACACACUCACACACACCCCGCUGUCAACAACACACACACUCACACACACCCCGCUGUCAACAACACACACACUCACACACACCCCGCUGUCAACAACACACACACUCACACCACGGUUAACGGGACUGGAACGAGCACCAGCACCGGGACGAGUACCACACCCGCAGACUGGCAGGAAGUACAGAGGGAGUUCCCUCCGUCCCACAACAGUCCCCGGUCAGGAGGGGUGGAGGAGUGGGUGAGGGACAGAACCCCAGGCCAAUGUCACAACAGUGUGAGGAGAAAUGGCACCGCCCCCCACCUCCGGCUGACCAACCAGGACCCUUCGUGCCUCCUGACUUCGCCCAACACGCCCCGGAACCCCGAGGGGGGUGGGGCUGACCCGGUUGGACACGCCCCCCAGGUCAACGGCUGCAGUAAUAACAGACCUUCAACGGACGGGAAGAAAAGCAACGGACUAGAGGGUAGUUUAUGUGAGUUCCCCUUCCCCGUGCCUCCCGAGGCCCUGCUACCUGAUGAUGAGUGUUGUCUGGUGUUUGUAGUGGAGCUGAACAAGGGACCCUACGGACUGGGCAUGGGACUCAUAGACGGACUGCACACGCCUCUGAAUGCUCCAGGGAUCUAUAUCAGAACUCUGAUACCAGACGGUCCGGCGGAGUCUGACGGGAGGCUGAGGAUUGGAGACCGGAUACUAGCGGUUAACGGGACCAGCCUGAUAGGAGCAGACUACCAGAGUGCUGUGGAUCUGAUUCGUCUCGGCGGAGGACGUCUGCGUUUCCUGGUGGCCAAGUCAGACCUGGAGGUCUCAGAGAAGAUCAGCGCUUCGUCCUGCUGACUGGAGGGAACGGCGGGAAUCUCCACGGGAACCGCUGCCCCCACAGCUCAACCAGGAGGGACGAGGAAGAGAGGGGA